AUGUCUAUCGAUACAAUUUUUAUACUUUCUUAAAAUGGGUAUUCAUAAAUGUAUUAAAUAGUGAAAUUUUGGCUCAUAGAAUAUUUAAAGGUCUAAAACGUAAAGACACUUUACCUGAAUUUUAUACUUAAUUUGUGUAAUCUUUCAGAGGAACUAAUUCUGUAAAUUUGUGAUGUUGAGUAUUGUUUAGGAUAAGGAAUAUCCAAUAAUAAGAAUAAAGGAUGCCCUUUACCCAUUUGUCACAUUUUCAGAUAUAAUUAUAGGAGCAAUAGUAACAGAGGAGAUUCCUGUAUUACAAUUAUUUGCAACACUUUUUUUGAUACUAGAUAUUCUAAAGUCUUCAUUUCCUAAUGAAUCAUCAGAGAAACUUAAGUAGAAUAUACAUUCAAUUGGUAUAAUGCUUGAUUCUGUAUUUGAUUAUGGUUAUCCAUAAAUUACAUAAAAGCACGUGCUUGAAAGUAUUAUUAAACCAGGAGGAAUUAUUGAAAAAAUUGAAGAAAAAAUUAUAGGUAGACAGAAUGUGUAAAAAGAAACUGUUUCUUUAUUAGAGAAAUAUAUUGAUGGUUAAGCAGAUGUUCGUGAUUAUAGUUAAUAUAGAAUUGUUGAAAUUAAGGGAGAAGAAGAAGUUUAUUUUGAUGUUAUUGAAUUCUUAGAUUGUGUAUUUGAUAAAAAUGGUAGAAUUUUAAUUGAAGAAAUCAAUGGAGAAAUCAAAGUUGAUUGUAAUCUAUCAGGAAUACCUGAAUUAUUUGUAUUUCUCAAUCAAACUAAUCAAUUUAAUGAUUAUACAGUUCAUGAAUGUUUACUACAAAAAAUUGAUACUUAUGAAAGGGAACGUGUUUUAGCAUUUGUUCCACCUUCAGGAACUACUACAAUAUUUUAUUAUAAUAUAAAAGGUAUUUCAAUUAGACCUCCCUUUGAAUUUAUUCCAAAACUUUAAUUCUCCAACAAUCAAGUUAAAAUUGAAUUUCUUCUAAAAAAUAGACCCGUCAGAGGUCAAUCUUAUGUAGUUGAUGAAUUUCAUGCAAAAUUAACUGUACCCACAGGUGUAACUCUUGGAGAAACAGAAAUGGCACAAGGAACACUUUAACAAUUAGAAAAUGUAACUUUUUUAUAUACAUCGAUUUAUUUAGGCUAUUCUUUGGAGAAUUGGAAAACUUGAAAUUGACUCUUCUAUUAGAUUGGCUGUAACCUUUACAGCUUCUGAAGAUUAAUUUAAUAUCAUUUAAUAAGGAAAUUUCUUGGUUCAAUUAAAAUUUAUUGUUAAUACCUUCAGUCCUUCAUAAACCAAAAUUGAUAAAGUUGAAGUAAGAAAUGGAGCUAAAGUAUUAACCAAAAAAGCUAGAAAUAUAGCGAAGAGUGGCUAUUACGAAAUUAGAUUAAAUUGAUUAAUAAUUAAAUUUGUAUAUUA